UAACAGCUGACUGUGGUGAACUAGGAAGAUUAUCUGGUACUGAAGUGUGGACUGCAGAGGGUAGAUCCUGCAGACAGUGAGACCAGUUUGAAUAUCACUGUGAUCAUCUGAAUAUUGGGGAUAGUAAGUAGCAACAGAAACACAAUCCUUUAGGUAAGUAAAGAUUUUAUAAAUAAUGAGAUAUAAUGAACCAGAGUCAAAAUGAUUGUAAGAAGAACUAUGAUGCCACUGAUAAAAUCAAGGGACUCUGGGAAAACAGCUAUUAAUAGCUUGGUGAGGAAGUUUGGACAUCUUGAAGCUGAUGUGGGACACUCAAGCUGAAGGGCUGGGUAGGCAACUGAAUAUGCAAAACUGGACCUCAGGUAAGAAGGCAGUGAAAUGUUGAGUGUGGAGACAUCUCUUUGUGCUGAAUAGCUUCCUUCUUCCACCCUAAUCUUCCCUACGUUUUCUCCAACCUGCUCCACAGCCUAGAAGCCAAGUUUGGACCAUCUAGUACAUCAAGCUGAACUUUCUUGUCUUCCCGUUUUCAGUAGAGUUCAGUCAAAGGCAAGCACCGGCAACAGACUGGAGCGGUGAAGGAGAACAUAGUUGAGGUGUCUCUUUCUCCUGGCUCCUUAUUUUGAGAUCUGGCUGGGUCCCCGCCCAUGGAAAGUCACAGCUCCUAGCCAUUAGCACAUGAGAACACGUAGGCUGUAAUGGCAUCCUCAGGCUGGUGUAUCUUCAAAUCUUUCUUCCCUCUCAAGGGGACAGACGCGAGCCCUUCCAACCUGCAGGGCUGAUUUGAAGUAGAAUGUUUAUAACCAGACUGCCAGUGAGUCCUCAAUGAGAGGAGAGAUUAGAGGGGAGAGAUCAAGGAGUCCAUAGAGUCUCAUGCUACUGAUGUUCUAGUGUUUCUCAGCUUGGGUAAAAGUUUGAUAAGCUACUCGAGGAAAGUCACCAACAGGUACUGCGCACCCACCACGUGCCAGGCAAUGGGGUGCUUUCCCUAGUUUAUCGCUUUUAACGACCUGGCAGCGGUUUAUAGCACGCGCUGAGCCCUAGAGCAAGAAGCAAAGGGUGCAGAAGUUCUGCGGGAAGGCGGCUUCCCAGGGCGGUGUGCUGGGGACCCACGCGGCACCGCGGGAAGGGGACUCUGCGCGCUCAACCCGGUCCCGGGCACUGCUCGCCGCCUCCACCCGCCGGCCUCCCGCAGCCAGGUCAGCGCCAUGAGGACCAAGCAGGUGAACUUGCUGAUCACCCUGGUCGCCGUCGCGCUUUUCAGCUUCUCUUGUUUCUGCAUCUACAGGAUAACUCAAACCAAUAAUCGAUUAAUUAAUUGUAGAAACCAUAUUUUGGAGUUUAAAGAAAAUAUGCUACACUUAAGAAACAAAACUGAAAAAAAUAGCCAAGAGAUGAUGAAAGUUUUGAAUCGAAUAAAGUAUGAAAUUACAAAGAGAGAAAAUUUGUCAGGAAACUUAGUUGCACAGAAAGCAGACAUAUUAAAUAAAAAUGAAACAAUAUCUAAUACAUUUGAAGACUUAAAGUUCUUUUUUCCUCAUAUAAGGAAAGAAGGCAGAAUUUAUCCUGAUGUAAUCAUUGGCAAAGGGAAAACUGGUGUUUCUUUUGCGCUGGGUAUUUCCACUGUUAAUAGAGGAAAUUAUAGUUACUUGAGACAGACACUGACCUCUGUUGUCUCCAGGAUGACGCUCUCCGAAGAGAAGGAUUCUGUAGUGAUUGUCUCGGUCGCAGAUAGUAAUGAAGAUUAUUUACAUUCUGUUGUUAAAAUGAUUACAAGAAAAUUCAAAAGGCAAGUGAGGUCUGGAUCCUUAGAGGUCAUUUCAAUACCUGCCUUUUUAUACUCAAGUAUGUUAAAUGCCAAGCAGUUAGCUGAGGCCUCACAAAAAUUAGCCAGUUGGCGAAUCAAGCAAGUAUUGGAUUUUUGCAUUUUGAUGCUGUAUGCCCAACCCAAGGCCAAGUAUUAUUUACAGCUAGAAGAUGAUAUCAUAGCUAAAGAGAUGUACUUUACAAAAAUAACAGAUUUUGUAGGUAACAUCAGUUCAAAUAAUUGGUUUUUUAUUGAGUUUUCAAUGCUUGGAUUCAUAGGAAAGCUGUUUAGAUCUGAGGACUUAACUCACUUUGUACGGUUUUUUUUAAUGUUCUACAAAGAGAAACCCAUAGACUGGCUCCUGAAUGACAUUUUUCAGAUAAAGGUGUGUGACACAGGAGAAGAUCUUGGAAACUGUAUAAAACGAAAGAAGCAAAUACGUAUUCGGUAUAAACCUUCUCUUUUCCAGCAUGUUGGUAUACAUUCAUCAUUCCCUGGAAAAGAACAAUAUGAAAAAAAAAUAUGAAGAUAAAGAAGCAUAAGAAGAAACUCCAUAAUACCUGGAACCUCAGAUAACCUUGAUUUCUAAUGGCAUGUUUCAGAACUUGUAGUAAUAAAAAUACAUAAUUAUCUAGCAGAUAAGUAAACAAUGAAUAAACUAGUAGACUUGAAAGUACUAAAUGACUUCUUACGUCAAGAAAAAAAUAGAACAUUGAUUUAUAUUGCUUUUACCCUAUCACAAUUUAAUUUAAAAAUACUAAAGGCAGGGGAGAUUUUUUUUUUAAUUAAGAACCAUACUUUAUUGACUCCAAUAGUGAGACCAUCACAUAAUUUCAAUAAAUAGUUAAAAGUUCGAAAGCUUGCUAUUGUCGCGGAGAAGUUUUGGGUGAAUUGGUAUAUGCUGUUACCCAUUUUGUUACAACACAAAGAAAAUAAAGAAAAUAAAGAAAUAGAAAGCACAAAUUUAAACAAGCCUGGAUCUGACAAUGCCACAAUGUCUUCUUAUCUUUUAAUAAAUGCAUUUAAAACUACACACUUAUCCCUAUGUGCCAUUUGAACUGAUUAUCAAACAUCUUGAUACAUAUGUAUUUUGAUAGUCAUUUAGUUCUAAAGAUUUCAUAGUUUCUCUCAUUAUUGUCUUCUUAACACACAGAUUAUUUGCGAGUUUUUUUCCCAAAUAUAUUGGUUUCUCCAUCUUUUAUUGUUAAUUUCUAAAUUACUUGCAUAGUGGUUAUAGAACUUUAUCUAUGUGAUAAAAUUUUGAGAAAUGUUGUGAAUCCUUAUGUUCCACAUGACUUUGGAAAGAAUGUAUAGUUUCUAUAUACUCCCUUUUAAACAUGUUAUAUUCAUUUGUUUUUAAAAGUGUUGGUUUUGUGCUUUAAAAAUAUCUUUUAAAAAUAUUCCUAUCUAUUGAGUACAAGAUUCUCUUAUAUCAGGUUUUUUAAUUUGGUCGUUGAAAUCUUUUCACUCCUUACUAAUUUCUACAUGGUUGAUCCAUCAGUUUCUUACAGGGGCCCAUUAAAAUCUAUUUUUCUUCUUGAUGUUAUUUUAUAAGAUAUUAUUUAUUUUGAGCAAUAAUAAGAGAUAUUUGUUAUCCUUUAAUCAAAUAUUGUGAAAUUCUUCAUUUCACACCGUUGCCUUAUUCUUGAGUGCCAAGAUCUCACACAUUCGCCUCGGUGUGAACUGUAUCAGAUACCAAUUUAUAAAGAGAAUAUGAAAGAUGAACUAUUUCUGUGUCUCCAUUUCAUUCUCACUUUUGAGAAGAAAAUAAGAUAUUGUAUGUAUGUUACAAAGAUUUAAAAUUUGACUUAAAUUUUGAACUUUGGAAGUUAAAUCUGCCAGAGCAUAGUCCCAGAUAAUAUGAAGAAUUGAAACAAAGUCCCAGAAUAGUAUUUCUUGAAAAGAGCAACAUUCCUUGAAAAGGUGCUUACUUGGACUUCUUAUGCUGUUGAAGACUAGAACAAAAUACCUAAGCGAUUGGCACCAUAAGCUGGGAUAAAUAUAUAAAAAGCCUUUCCAACAUUCUACUGAAUGUCAAGAGAAAGCUGAGAUGAUUCCAAGGGAAUGCUGCUGCAGUGCUCAGAGGCAUUUGAACCCUGACUGAGAUACAGUGAGAGUGAAAGAUGCUAGAAGAAACAAGGGAGAAGAAAGUUAAAGACAGCCUUAAAAGUCCAAACCAAUUACCACAGUCCCUGAAGAAAUUAUUCAUGAUUAAGAGUGUUUGGGUGGUCAGCACAAAGUAUUUCUAGAAAAUAUUUCUAAUGUAGCCAGAAGAGAUGUCCCCUAACUUCCAUCCUCACCCCUGCUGUUUGCAAAUGUGGAUGUUUGGAGGAUCUCAUUUACCACCCAUGGUCAUUAGUCUGAGAUACACGAGGAAGGGGAGAUUUGGAGAACCCCAGACACGUAACAUGGAGUAGAGCAGAGCAAACAGUGCUUCAUUGGUUGGUUUGAGCAUUUGUUUUAUAGCAUUUAUGCUGAUUUUGCUUCAUUAAAAUCACUCUUCUUCAAACCUACAUGAAGACAAAUGAUGAUGUAUAAUAAAUAAGUUUUAGAAACCAGAUUCUCCUGAAAUCUUUUUUCAUAAAACAACUUUUGAAGCGAAUAGAAGCUCUGCAAACAUUAGAGAUAUAAGUAAAAUUAUCUCUAUUGCCAAAAUUUCUCUCAAGUAUUGAGAUAAAAAAGCCAAGAACAUCUGUAUUAUUUGUUAUUGACUAUAUGAGUAAAUAGCAAUGUACAAAUAUUACUACUAAUAAUUAGUAAUUAAUAGAAAUAGUCAAUGUGGCUCCACUCUUGGGUAGAGGAGAAAGAGAUACCCUCUACUAACAUAGGUGUGUAAAAAUGUCUCAGAGUUAAUUGUGUAUUCUUGCAUAGAACUUUCACCCUGUGGUAGGAUUGUGACAAUUGUGAACAAAUUUACCAAGAUAAAUCUGGGCAGGCAUUCCCAUGGGAACACAUCUCUUUAU